AGGAUUAUACUGCUUUCCCCGCGUGUUUUAGUUGUUCUUAUAAUUUUCACGAUCAAAAUGUUCUCAAAAUUCCAAAACGCAACUAAAAGAGCAGCAAAAAACGCAACGAAUAAUAACAAAUAGUUACUAUCUUGAUAAGGCAAGAAAGGUUAGUAAUAAGAGCACGCAAAAACUGCUUACCUUUUUCAGUGUUAGAAAACACAUAAACAUGGUAGAGCAGCAGAAUUCGUCUUCCAAAGUUCAAGCUUUAUAUGAACUCUGCAAAAAGACCUUUACAUCCUCCGGGGUACCUCCUUCCUCUCGUGCCAUCCAGAAACUCUGCUCUCUUUUGGACACGGUUGGCCCUGCUGAUGUAGGGCUUAGAGAGGAAAAUCGAGAUGAUGAUAGAGGGCAUGGCUUUCUUGGACCUAAUCGGUUGACCAGGGUUGCUCGAUGGGCUCAAUCCAUAACAUACGUAGAUAUUUUUGAAUGUGAUAGUUUUACGAUGUGUAUAUUUUGCUUUCCAACUUCUUCCGUUAUUCCACUUCAUGACCAUCCUAGUAUGACAGUUUUCAGCAAAGUUCUAUAUGGCUCUUUGCAUGUGAAAGCUUAUGAUUGGGUUGAGCCUUCCCGUUACCAAAAAAGCAAGGGGCCUGGUUAUCCAGCAGUAAGGUUGGCGAAGUUAACAGUUGAUAAAGUCUCGACAGCUCCCUGUGGGACGUCAGUAUUGUUCCCAAAAAGUGGUGGGAAUCUGCAUUGUUUCACUGCAGUCACCUCUUGUGCUGUGCUUGACAUUCUUACACCUCCUUACAGAGAAGAUGCAGGCAGAAAAUGUACUUAUUACCAUGACUAUCCUUAUUCUACGUCCUCUAUAGGAAAUGGAGCUGAGUUAAGCGCUGAAAAAAUAGAUGACCAAGCAUGGCUUGCUGAGGUAGAAACACCUGAUCUCUAUAUGCGCCAAGGAGCAUACACAGGACCAACUGUCAAGGUCAACAUGUCACCUGCCAGUUGAUUUCCUUACUCUAGAGAACGUCGCGCCAUCUGUCUCCAGAUGACACAGGAACGUACUUGGUCGUUGGGAAUGGGCUUCCACCAAACAGUUUGAGAUGAGACGGACAAGCACAGGAGUUUCAAGAGAUGAGUUGUCAUUACUGGGAACUUAUGCAUCAUCAUCAUCGUUUUUUUUUUUUUAACUGUUGUUGCUUUUAAUUAAUUUAUUUAUUUUUAUAGUAUUGCUUCUUUAUUUAUCAUGCAGUUGAAUAAAGUUUCAAUCCUGUCCUUUAAUGGCUGGCACCGGUAGCAUCAGCUGCAUACAGAACGACGAGAAAGAACUACAUAUGCUUGCUUUUCUCUAGAAAGAACUGCAUACAGAACGACGAGAAAGAACUACUUAGUCUGGACAGCUCCACAUACAGCAAUGGAUCUUAGCUUCAGAUGGAUAUAUAGCACCUGCUGUUUGAUAUUCCGAUCUCAGUCAACCUCCACAGACUAGCACAGGUCAUUUUUUGUGCUUAAAAGUUCUAACAGCGCACUCGAGAGACCCAGAGAUGCUGGACCUCCAAAGAGGCUACUGUCGUUAUUUCAAGCAUGAAAACUUCAUGCGUAGAUUAGUGAUGGAGAGCUUCAAAAGUAGUGCAAAAGUUCAGCUACCUAGCAUGUAGCAGCACGAUGAUAUCAAAAGGAGAAAAUCUAGUCAUUUGAAUUUAAUGAGUUUAGAUAGCAAAGAAACUUCUUAUUAUAUAAGACAACAUAGAAACAGCAGCAGUA